GAACCGUCGAGUGCUUCUGCUGCUGCGUGCCCGGCAGCAGCCCCACAUGAGCCCAUGACUCUUGAUAUGGAUGCAGUCCUGUCAGACUUUGUUCGGUCCACAGGAGCGGAACCAGGUCUGGCAAGGGACUUACUGGAAGGCAAAAACUGGGACUUGACGGCAGCGCUGAGCGACUAUGAGCAGCUGCGGCAGGUGCCCGCGGGCGGCCUCCCGCGCGCGCCCGGCGCGGCCCAGCGCUGCCCCGAGCGGCCCUGCCUGCAGCGACAGGACGACGGUGCCCAAGAAAAGCGACUUUCCAGAGGUAUCUCUCAUGCCAGCUCAGCCAUAGUCUCUCUUGCUCGAUCACAUGUAGCAAAUGAAUGCAACAAUGAGCAGUUUCCUUUGGAGAUGCCCGUCUACACAUUCCAACUACCUGAUCUUAGUGUGUACAGUGAAGAUUUCAGAAGCUUCAUUGAACGUGACUUAAUUGAACAGGCAACAAUGGUUGCUUUGGAGCAAGCAGGACGACUGAAUUGGUGGUCCACAGUGUGCACAAGCUGCAAACGUCUGCUUCCCUUGGCUACAACAGGCGAUGGAAACUGCCUCUUGCAUGCUGCCUCUUUAGGGAUGUGGGGUUUUCAUGAUCGGGACCUUGUCUUGCGUAAAGCACUCUACACUAUGAUGAGAACUGGAGCUGAAAGGGAAGCCCUGAAAAGAAGAUGGAGAUGGCAACAGACUCAGCAGAAUAAGGAGUCGGGCUUAGUAUAUACAGAGGAAGAGUGGGAACGGGAAUGGAAUGAACUGCUUAAGCUGGCGUCAAGUGAGCCGCGCACCCACUUCAGCAAGAACGGAGGCACUGGUGGCGGGGUCGAUAAUGCAGAAGAUCCGGUGUACGAGAGCUUGGAAGAGUUCCAUGUUUUUGUCUUAGCCCAUAUUUUGAGAAGACCCAUCGUUGUAGUAGCAGAUACAAUGUUAAGGGACUCAGGGGGAGAAGCAUUUGCACCUAUCCCAUUUGGAGGAAUUUAUUUGCCUCUUGAAGUUCUACCAAACAGAUGUCAUUGCUCACCUCUUGUCCUUGCCUACGAUCAGGCACAUUUCUCUGCUCUUGUUUCCAUGGAACAAAAAGAUCAACAGAGAGAACAAGCGGUGAUCCCCUUGACUGACUCAGAACACAAGCUGCUGCCUUUGCACUUUGCGGUGGAUCCCGGAAAGGACUGGGAGUGGGGGAAGGAUGACAAUGACAACACCAAGCUGGCCAAUUUGAUUCUGUCUCUUGAGGCAAAGCUGAACCUCCUGCACAGCUAUAUGAAUGUAACGUGGAUACGCAUCCCGUCUGAAACACGGGCCCCUUUGGCUCAACCAGAAUCCCCUACAGCUUCAACAGGGGAAGAUGUUCAGUCUCUGGCUGACUCAAUGGACUCGGACCGAGAAUCCAUCUGUAGUAAUUCCAAUGGCAAUAAUGGCAAAAACAGUAAAGAAAAAGAAAAGGACAAACAGAGGAAAGAUAAAGACAAAAACAGGACGGAUUCAGUUGCCAAUAAGAUUGGAAGUCUCAGUAAAACCCUGGGAAUCAAGUUGAAAAAGAAUAUGGGUGGUCUUGGAGGCCUGGUGCAUGGCAAAAUGAGCAGAGCCAAUUCAGGGAAUGGGAAAAAUGGUGAUGCUGUAGAGAAGGUCAAAGAGAAGAAGUCUAAGUCUCGAAAAGGGAGCAAAGAGGAGACUGGGCAGUCUGCAAGCAGCCCUCCCUCUGAAAAGACCACCCCGUCUCCCACUGACAAGGCUGGCAACUCGCCCAUUGAAAAGGUGAACACGAAAUGCUUCUCUGACAAGCAGCCUGACCCGUGGAAAUACAGCACGGAUGUGAAGCUCAGCCUCAAUAUUCUGCGAGCUGCCAUGCAAGGCGAACGCAAGUUUAUUUUUGCUGGCCUCCUUUUGACUAGCCAUAGGCAUCAGUUCCACGAGGAGAUGAUUGGCUAUUACCUGAAAAAGGCUGCACUGAACGGGUCGGCUGGCAAGAAAACGGAACCAGAAGCAUACUCAAAAGAAAAGCUAGAAACAUCUCCUCAGGAUAGGGCAUCACCUGUCUUGCCUCAAAGCCAUACAACUCAGCUGGUCUUAAAAUUUAAAGAUCGCACUAGUCCCACUCCGGGGUCAUUUUCUUCACCUAGUAACGGUGCUAAGAAAAGUGGACCCAUUCCGGUAUCUGCCCACUAUAGCCAUACCCCACCCGUUCAAAGGCAAAGCGUCAUCCAUCUGCAUGAUGUCAACUCCAAGCCAUCGAGCUUCCAAGAUGAUACCUAUAAGCCAGUGGUUGGCACCCUAAAAACCUGUGCCACCUAUCCCCAGCAGAACAGAUCCCUGUCUUCACAGAGCUACAGCCCAGCCCGGAUAUCUGGUAUCCGUACAGUGAACACGGUGGAAUCGCUGAGCUACGCUAUGCCCACGGAACACAAGUCUCAGACGUAUACAAAUGGGUUCAAUACUGGUGAUAUCAGAGACAACUUAGAAUAUGUUGAUGAGGAUGCUCCUCAAACCUGGUUGAACAAUGAUAAAAAUCAAGGCAGAAGCACAGUUUGCCCCAUAUAUUCCAUCCAGCAGAACCGCUGUAAGAAGGAGAACUGUUCCUUUUAUGGUCGUCCUGAGACUGAAAAUUACUGUUCAUAUUGCUACAAAGAAGAGUUAAAGCGGCGGGAGAGAGAAAGUAAGGGACACAGGCAUUGAGGAUUCUUCUGUGACUACUUAGUUCCAUCGUUUUCUUACUUACAAAAGGUGUCACUAUUUGUGGCAGUUGUUUAAUGGUGAAACCAUAUUUGGCAUUAAGCACUCCAAACAUGCAGAAACAGUGCCUACCCCAAAGCCACUUAUUGCAAACUGUGUAAUGAAUGUCCCAUUUAAUGAAGCGUCUAGCUGUAAGAGGAAGUUUUCUAUGUAUUUUUAUCAGAGAUGAUUAGUAACUGUUCAUGACUUGCAUCCACCAGCAAAUGAAAGAAAUCGUGCCGUUCCUUAGCUAGGUGUGAGAAGGAAUAACCUCCCAGGCUCUUUUUG